AUGGAGGGCACACAGCAGAGCCCGUUGACGAUCAAGCACCGUCCACGCAUCGCACAUCGCAAAGUCAGUUCAGUUUCGAGCUCCCUCUCAACCUCAUCCUACCCUCGGAUACCUUCUCGUCGCUCUUCGCUGCACAUUCAUACGGAUGAUUCAAGCUCGAGUGAACUGGCAACAUCUACCCGGACACCAUCGCUCACUGAUAGCCUGUACAACAUCGAAGUGGCCAAAAUCCGCCCAACCCAAGGCAGGCGUAUCCAAGGCCCUCGGGCCCCUCGGCGGGGCUUUGAUCAUAGCUGUGAUCCAUUCGUCGAUCAGACCCCUCGACGUUACGCUGAUACCCACGGAAAGACGACUCGAAGGGAAACACAACUAGCACCACAGCUGCUCGUUCGCUGGAGCUCUGGGUCGUAUGCCUUGGUGGAGCCGUGUGUAUCGUCCGAUUCAAGCUCGUCAUCAUUCUCUGGCUUUGGCAGAAUGGGACAACUCACUGGCACCAUGUCACAACAGCAUGAUUCUCGAGUGAACAGUGUCCGCUCGGUAUCCACUAGUUCGGAUCCGGAUCUGAUAUGUCCUUUGGAGCUGCCCGUGGCUUUUGCCAAGAUCAGAUCCUAUGCAGGCAAGCCUUGCCUAGACACUGAUUACUCCAUGUCUCUUUGGACUUCGGUGAAUGUCACCGCGGACGUCGAUCCUUUCACCGUACCCGACAACUCGAGACUAGGACCUCUGGACAUGAUCGUACUCUUCGACAACCCGCAUCAACCUUCUGUUCGCGGCUUGUCACCAAUGAUGCUCGCGUCCUCGAUUCUGACCUCAAACCUCAUCCCCAACCGUGACAGGCUGGCAGUUGCAUGUGUGGAUGGAAGCAUGCGAAAUGGAUUUGACCUACUACUCCCGCUCGGGUUCCAUUCAUUUGACAGGAUACGAGCCGCGUUCGAUGCCUUCUAUCUGCGGCAGAUCAAAAGGAACCAAAGACCCAGAGUCAAUACUGAUUUGAGCCACCCUCUCCGACAGAUAUGUCAACUCUUUCGCAUGUAUCCCAGAGCAGCGUAUGGCCAUUUGGUGCUAGUAUCUGGGAACUAUCCCUCGCCCGAUCCCCUUUUGAUAUCCGGAAUCGACCGAGCGAUCGGAGUCCAUACACUUUCGCCGCAUUCUCGUUUCCCAUUGGAUACGCAAGACCACCCAUUGGGGUGGCACAUCCCAUAUGAUGAAGACGCAGAAAAUUUACAAAGCGAAGACUCUCACCUCAUGCGCAAGGUCUCGCAGUUUGUACGUCAGGUACGCACAGGAAUUACUGCGGGAUUCCUCUCAAACCUCGACCUUUACAUGGUCCUUGGCCAAGGGUGCCUUCUCCUGUCGGAAACUCCGAUCGACCACUGUCGACUGCAACGCUUACGACCGGGUGAAAAAUGGAUCACAAAGGUUAAAGUUGGGGUGCCUGACUUUUACCACGAGGUGAAAUGGCAGUUGACUGCACAUCCUAUCAUACAAGACCUGAUUCAUCAGCUGGACGAGGUCAUUGCCAUGUAUUCGUCUCAGUCACUUGCACAGUACAUACUCAGUUCUGGUCUCAAGUAUGAGCACUCGUUGCUGUCGGAGCCGCAUGAGGUGUGUUUGGAAUCUCACUGCACCAUUGCUCGAGACCCAAAUUUGACAUUCCGCCCUCCUUUGAAUGAUGCAAACUUGGAGCUUCUCUCUUAUGAAGAUGCUGGGAGCAUCAGUGCUAGCUUUGGAUCCGCAAGUGAGGUAAGCUGA